UGCUCUUCUCGCGAGAUUUCUUAGCAGGCAAAGGAAAAAAAAAAGAAACUGGGAUGCUAAGGGUUUGUUAGCCUUGUGUACUGACAGUUUCGCGUCUAGCUGGAUGGAGGAGAAAACGCCACACUGUUAUUAAGGGAGGCUUUCCAGAGACUGGGAGCACUUCCUGCAGUCACCUCCCCUAUCAUCCUUCUCAGAGUGGAUUUGAAGAUGUAGCCAAGAGUAAGGUGGAUCAUCUCUGUAGUCCCUCAGCAUUCCUGCCCCAGGCAUAGUCAGUGACUUCUCACCUCCACCCUCUGCCAGCCUAACUCUGGGGCACUUUGGCCCCUAACCAGGGCUGCCUAGUGCGUGACUCAGCCUUCCCCACUCAGUCGGUCCCUGGUUGAAGGACCCUGCUGUCCUCAGCCAUGCUGUUCUCCCUGAGGGAACUGGUCCAGUGGCUGGGCUUCGCCACCUUUGAACUCUUCCUCCACCUGCUAGCUUUGCUAGUCUUCAGCAUGCUGGUGGCUCUGCGAGCUGACAUGUUCACCCCUACGUUGAGCUGGUGGCUGGUGUUCGUCCCGCUGUUUGCCGCAGAUGGCCUCAGCACCUAUUUUACGGCCAUUGUGUCAAUCCGUCUUUACCAAGAGAACGAGAAGCGCCUCGCCGUGCUGCGGCUCCUCUGGGUGCUGACGGUGCUCAGCCUCAAGCUGGUGUGCGAGGUGCUGCUGUGUCAGAAGCUGGCGGAGCAGGAGCAAGCCAGAGACCUGUGGUUCGGCCUCAUCGUCUCGCCGCUGUUCAUCCUGCUGCAGCUGCUGAUGAUACGGGCGUGCCGCGUCAACUGAGGGGAGGCGGCUAGCGGUUGGGCUUUCCCAUCGAACACAGGAACAUAGAGAGACAAUUUUCCUCUGCCAAUAGAGAUUUAAAGCAUAACAAUAGUGUUAUUUCUCUUUGGGCUCAUUGCUACCUUUUUUUUUUUUUUUUUUUACACAUGUUACAGGUAUCACCAGAUUUGUAUACAUUUGUGUUUCUAAUAAUUAUUUAUAAGUUCUAAUGCAGUAUUUCUCUUUCCAGAAGAGUGGAGGCUGUUGUAGUUGUACCAUGGAUUUGGAAUUCGAUCAAUCAUGUAUGAGAAAAAUAAGGGUGACCACGUCCUUUUGGCCAUGUAGUGUAAAAAGUAGGGCUGGGUUAAAAUAAUCGAUUCUCCAAUUAAAAUCGACCUUUGUUUGGGUGAUUCAUAAAAUCCCUGAAUUGAUAUGCAUUUUCACCAUGGAUGUGGGGAAUCUUCAUUUAAACAUUAACCUGAUGCGUUAUAAAAAAAGAAAUAUGUGAGGGUUGCUUCUUGCUUGUACAAUUAUCACGAUUCUCUACCAUGAUUUUUUUUGACCAUGACAAAUCAAAACAAUUUGGUAGUACCAAACAGAUUUUUUUGGCACCUAUAGCCCAUUGUUCAUCACCACAAGCCUGUAAACAUAGGCUCAAUGAAGAGAAGGGAGAGCGUUAAAACCUAUUUUAUACAGUCUGUUUAAAACUCACAGAAGAAAGUCGUAGCCUCUGUGAUGCAGUCGGCUCGUUAUAUUAAAUGAGAAUCAAUUCAUUAAAAUAUUUUGAAAAAAAUUAAAUUAAGAAAAGAAUCUGUUAUUUAAAAAAUAAACAAUGAAUUGAGAUCGCAGUUUUAUAAAGAUUAAUCGUGCAGGCCUAGUCGGGAUAUUGUGAAUGGGAAUCAUAUCGACUUGGGAAAUCAUUGGCGGUACCCAGCCCUAGUAAAAAAUACUUAAUGGUUCCCGUUGCUAUAGUGAACAUUGAGUUGAUUCUGGAGACUGAAUGGAAUCCACUUGAAUACAAUGAAUACCAGGGAAUCAGUUUGUACCUGGGCCCCUUUUCAUUUUCAUAUGGGGGAAUUAUGGCUGUAAGUUUUUGGUACUUUUAGGAAUACAAAGAGGCCAGGCAGUAAAUGUGUUCUUGGGACAUGGUGUGCCUUUUACAAUGUGCAGUCGAUAGAUAAAUGAGCCAUGAGAAAAAUAAAUGCCAGAGUUAUGUUUUAAUGCACAUGGGAACACAACAAAUGUUGAAAUUGAAAGGCUGUAAUGCCCUAGGCACAAAUUUGGCCAACUGUCUUGGGUAACAGAGCUUCCCCCCCCCCCCCCCCCCCCCCCCCCGAAGAAGACAUUGAUUGCCUGCACAAUUAGGUUUAUUACUAUCAUCAUUUGUCUCACUUGGUUGCCUGUUACAGGGAGUGUUUACACCAUUGUCAGCUCCCAGUCUCACCCCUUGUAAAA